AUGGCAAAGAGGUUUCUAAGAUAUGAAGUGAAUGAUGGGAACACUGCUCGGUUUUGGACUGAUAUAUGGCAUCCUAGAGGUCGUCUGAUUGAGGUUGCUGAAGAGGUCAAUACACAAAGGCUGGGCAUUAGAAGGGAGGCUCAUAUCAGUGAGGUAUUUCGUGAGGGCCUAUGGCACUUUCGCAGAUGCAGGGACCCGCAGCUCCUCUCCUUGAUUGUCGACAUUGAGGCUUUUAAGGUUUACGAAACAGACGGUAGAGAUGCAGUUUUAUGGAAGAGUAUGGAUGGUAAUUAUGGUCCCAAGUUUGUUGCUUCUGAAACCUGGCACCAGAUUCGACAGUCUAAGGAGAAGGUGAAUUGGAGUAAGUUGGUCUGGUUCUCGCAAGGGAUUCCUCGAUAUGCUUUCAUCACCUGGCUAGCCAUCCGCGAUAGGCUUUCCACAGGUCGACGUACAAGCAGUUGGGGGCAGCCGCAUAGCUGCAUAUUUUGUAUGGAACCAGAUGAGACUAGAGAUCACAUAUAUUUCGCUUGCCCCUAUACGUUCAUGGUUUGGUUGAAAGUAACAGGGAAUCUUUUUGGCUUGGAACCUGAUCCUGAUUGGGACAUAACGAUGACGCGUCUGCGCACUGGUUCGUACGAUCGACUCACUUUUAUCCUUCUUAGACUGGUUUUCCAAGUGUCUGUUUACCUAAUCUGGCGUGAGCGUAAUGAAAGAAAGCACAACACCAGCUACAAGUCUGUGGAUCAGCUAGCUAAGGUGAUCAACAAAACCGUAAGGAAUCGUAUCACUUCCCUCAAGUAUGCCUGCAACCCGCGAUUGCGGGGCUUGAUGAUUCGAUGGUUUGAAGCACACGACACUACAACUUAG